UAAACCCUAAUUAGAAACCCCUAGAAAUCUUGAUCGGAAAAACAAAAACCCUAAUUAAAACAAUUUGCGUCAACAGUUUGAGCUAAAUCAUGGAGAUGGAAGACAAUCAAAUAGAAGCAGCAGAAAACAACCACAGCAGAGAUAUCGAAGUAGCCCCGGCCCUUAUUUCCGUCCACCCGGCCCAAACUUCCGUGGCAGUAGCAGUCGGGUCGGACCUUCGCAUCUUCGACCUCCACAGAGGGAAUUGCGGUGUAACAUUGGUGGAUGAGUGUAGUGAGCCAUUUCAUAAGGAUUCAAUUAGAGCUAUUCGUUAUAGUGCUAAGGGGAAGCUUCUUGUAUCGGCCGGUGACGAUAAACUUGUCAAGAUUUGGUCUACUGAUUCUUGGCGCUGCAUUGUUUCAGUGUCCUCGGAGAAAAGAGUGAGUGCGGUUGCGAUAAGCAAUGAUGAAAUGUAUGUUUGUUAUGCUGAUAAAUUUGGAGUUGUUUGGGUGGUGGAUCUCCCUGAACUUGAUGGGAAUGGGUUGUUAGUUGAUAAAAAGGCUGUGCCUUUACUUGCUCAUUACUGCAGCAUCAUUACUAGCCUGGAAUUUUCACCAGAUGGCCAUUUUAUUGUUACUGCAGAUCGAGAUUUUAAGAUUCGUGUUACUGUGUUUCCGAAGAAGCCUUUAGAUGGAGCUCAUGAGAUACAAAGUUUCUGUCUUGGUCAUACUGAAUUUGUAUCUUGCCUUGCCUUUAUUUGCUACGCGGAUUACCCCCAAGGGUUUCUUAUUUCUGGAAGCGGUGAUUCUACUGUCCGCUUGUGGGAUGUUGUAUCUGGUUCUCUUCUGGAUACUUGUGAAGUUGGUGUUAAGGCAGGACUCGUAGAGACCGGCAGAAGUGAUGAGGAUUAUUUUACUGUCACUAAUCUGUGCACAAUUCCAAAAUUUAAUCUUGUUGCUGUGGCCAUUCAAAGCUUUGAAGGAAUAAUAUUGUUGAGCUGUGAUAUUUCGUCCCAAAGCCUCCAUGUCAUUAAGGUGGUUUCGGCUAUGGGAGAAAACUUCAUUCCUACAAGCUUGGGAAGUAGCUCUUCUGCCGAAUUACUAUGGAUGGUAACGGGUGUUUCUAAAUUGCACGGUUCUGACUUCAACUCUUUGGCUAGAGUGAAAGUUAUUUCCAGUUUCACAAAUAUCAAUACUGAUUCUGCUGACCAUACGCCGCAUGUGUUGAGAGAUGAUGAGGUACCUGGGACCGAGAAGCUGCUAGAAAAGUUACAAGGGAGCUUAUCCAUCGAUGAAAAAGUAUUUCAAGCGGCUGCUGAAGCUGUGAAAACAGCAAUGUGCAAUUUGCUAAUUAAGAAGCAGUACUCAUCAGAAAAGAGAGAAUUUAGAAAGAGGGGUAGAAAUGAUCGGAAAGUCAAACAAUGACACAAAUUCAUUGGCAUUAAUCCUUUCUGCUCCCCCUGAGUUUUGUCGGAUUCUUCCGCUGAUUUUGUACUUAAUUCUUCUAUUUGUUAUACAAAUGUAUCUGUAAACUCUAAAACCCUGAGUAUCUCAAAUUUCCUUGGAAUAGUUGAUUUUCUGCAUGAUCGUAGGGCAACUUUAUGUCAAUUAUAGUGCAGAUGAAUUCUUAGCAUUCGUAAA